AUGUCUACCAUCAUUAUCACCACCACUAUCACUACCACUAUCACUACCAUUACAACUAUCCUUUCCCGCCUGGAGGUGGCCGAUCGGGAGAAUGACGAGCCGCCUGCUGAAAAUGAGGAGGAUGAGGAGGAGAAUGAGCACAGUGAGAGGGGCGAUACUGAAGACCAGCGCCACCCCGAGAAUCGCUCUCCCAGCCCAGUCCAACAGGAGGAGAGCCUUGCACAUAUCGAAACUAGCAGAGUUGGUCUCGCAGUAUUUGAUGACUACUUGAGCCUCUUCAGUCUUGACGCCCAAUCCGCCAAAGCACAAGCUCGCUGGACAAACACUCAGCCCAAUAACGAAGAUCACCGAGAAGGUCCCCCAAGAAAGAAGGCCAGAACCAGCGCCAGCUCCGGGCAGCCUAUUUCUCGCGGAGAUAGUAGCAACACAUCUACUCAGCCUCGACAGAGCGGCAACAUAACGGUCAUCAACAAGGCUCUCGUCAUCUCCGCAGAUAAAGCCUUUCGUGUCUUCAACUGCGACCCAUCAGGUCCACAAGUCAAUAUCUGCUGGCGAGUUCCAGGCCCGCGAAACUUAUGGCUGGCAAGAAUUGGCGAAGCGAUUCAUGAACCUCUCAAGAGCAUCGAAUCUUUGAUGGAAGCCGAGAGAAAGCCGGGCUAUUCUCUCACAACCUUUAUGAUGUCACUUGCUGAUGCAGAAGGCACGAUAUCCAUGAUCUUGUGCAGUUGCAGCGAUCGCAAUUACGAGGAUUUCGAGCGUGGAGAGGGUGCUGUCGUCAAUACAGGUCAAGGCCGUCCACAGCAUUCAGAGGAUGAUACACCUGAAGCAGGCGAUGAACCGCGCACUGAAGAAACUGUAGUCAAUAUCGUAGACGAGUUACCGCGAAGUGGUUUAGUCAUCUUUGACGACUGUGUCAGCUUGGUUCACGUCAACACUCUCCCUGAAAGAGCGCUGAACCGAUGGCGCGAAGAAGAACAGCGACACCAGCAACAACCCCAAGAAACCCAAGAAACCCAACCUCAACGGAGCCAAAUCCCUCCCUCAAUCUACGACGGUUCAGCCCCCGUCCUCUCCAGCCGCAACCUAACCCAAGUCUCCCGAGCAUGCAUCAUCGCGUCAGGCGGCUUCUACGUCGUCAACUGCGACACAUCAGGACCCCAGGUGAACAUCUGCUGGCGUGUCCCUGGUCCUCGAAACAUAUGGCUUGCGAGACUGGCAGCUAGCCCGGAUGGAAGCGACACUGGUAACUCGCCUUCGAUUAUUCCGGGGAUGACGCUGUCGUGUUUUCGGAGGGGGUCGUCGGGGGGUGAGAGUGCGUGGUCGAUUAUUAUGGCCAAGUCUUGUGGUGAUGUGGAGGAGAGGAUUGAGCGUGGGGAGGGGGAGUUGGUGUUUGGGGAGCCGAUCAGUGAUGAGGGUUUGGUUGCUUUUGGGAGGGCUGUUGGGAUUGAGGUUCUCGCCUGCAUACGAAUCUUCAACAUCAACAACCCCGACCUCGCCAUCAUGGAUCCCAAGCACCGUGAUCGAUAUCGCAUCACCAAGACUCAACCCCACGGCAAAGGCGAGAAGAAGCGCCCUCAAGCUUCUGACAAUGCCAGUGGUGCACAACAUCAGCCUCAAGCUCCUUCUCCAAAUAACAAGCCUCCGAGUGAGGCCUCUCAAGGCGACGAUGCGCCUCUCCAGGGUGACGCUACUCAACAUGACAAUCCCCAACGCGACACGAGCCAGGAUGAUACAGGCGCCGCUUACUGGCGUCCUCCUGUAGCAUCCUACAAUCUACUACGCAUUCUUCCAGCCGUCGAAAUCUCGAGCGACCCCAAACUCCUCAUCCGGAACCCUCGCGCUGAGGGCCCUCAAACCGACAUCUGCGCCCAAGUACCUGGCACCUUCAACCACUGGGCCGCGCGGGUCUGUUGCUGUGAUAGUCUCUACGACCUGUAUGAUUGGAUCCUUGGAAAAUCGGGAGAAGAGCAUCCGGAGAUCUGGAUAGGCUCUGUCGAUGCAGCUUCACCAUCACUGGCCCUUCGACAGUCGUCACAGCACCAGACCUACGGACGCUGA